CACUACACUAUAUUUUGAAUUUGUGAGUUAUAACUUGCCAUGGAGAGGAAAACACUCUGGUUUUUGUUCAUGCUCUUCCUUCUCUUAGCCGCUGAUAUUGCGGUGAAGACAGCAGAGGGUCGAAGGUGCGAGUCUAAGAGCCACAAGUUUAAGGGUCCAUGUUCACGUGACAGCAACUGUGCAUCGGUAUGCAGAGGUGAAGGUUUCACUGGUGGUGAUUGUCGAGGCUUCCGUCGCCGCUGCUUUUGCACCAGGAAUUGUUGAACAAACCCCAUGCAGUAGCAUCCUAAGUUUUAACGACUGCAUCAAUCACAAAUAAAUUACUAGCACUAAUUCACGAUACAUGUGCUACGUACCUAGCUAGUGUUAUUAUUAUAUAUCUAUGUAUUUUCAGUUUCAUGUGUAACCAAUCUUCCCUCAAAAAAAAAUAAAAAAAAAGUGUAACCAAUCUUAUUGACAUUGUUAUAUCGUAAUAUAUAGUGACAAUAAAUUUGGUA